AUGGCCGCGCCUGCACAAAAUGGCCCUGUGCCCGCGGGCGCCCCUGCAAAAGCGACAGAAGCGCAACUCAUCACUGCCUUUGACAACUCAAUAUGGUAUCUACUUGACCUAUGGCAACCGCUAUCCAUCGCAGUGGAUAAUGGCUGGGGCGGAGGGAAUUCUUCAGACAAGCGCGACUGGUUCGCCGGCGCAGUUUCCGAUUUCUUGAAUCAACCGCAGUAUAUCAAUCCUGCUCCGGGUGCUGUGCUCACCUUCGCCGACAUGCAAGAAGAUCUCGAAGUUUUCCUCCUACAAAUCAUGCAGGACGAGUUUGACUGCAACAUCGAAGACGAAUCGGAAGUGGAGCUUGCGAACGGCAUCCUCAGAGUGCGAAAAGCCAUGACUGAGACCUUAAGCACGGCUGCGGCGGACGAGGUGAAACAGAGAUGGGAGAAUCGAGGAAGCAAAAAGCAUGAAAAGAUUGUGGUUCAGGAAACGAACCAGGAAGUUGGCGACGACGAAGAGUGGGAUGGUUUUGAUGAGGACGAGGAUAUGGACGAGGCGCCACAGCUCCUGCAAGCGCCUGCACAGCCGCGAGAAAAGCCUAUACCUGAGGUUGACGAGGACGGAUUCACAAAAGUCCCGAGCAAGAAAAAGAGAUGA